AUGGUUAUCAUCAACCUGGCGUUCACCGCACCAAUUAACCCAGCGGGUGUCUCGCCUGUCCUCACAGAAGCCCAAGUAUGGAAGGGUCUCCAGCGCAAAGUCCGCAAAGCACACGAAUUCGUCGCACCCAUUCUCAAAUGCGAAGUCAUCAGUGAAGAAGAGACCGAAACAGGAACAAAAGUCACACGCCAAGUCACUUUCACCGACGGUGCACGCGGUGACACCGAUGCGGUUGUGAAGGAGAUAGUCCAUGAGUUUGCCCCAACCCGUGUCGAUUUCCGUCAACCAGACGGCAGCAACAUCUACAACAUCAUCAGCGUGGAUGAAGAUGGCAACUUGCUCAUGAACUAUGCUUUCGAAUGGCGACAUCCAGAGCUUGAUACAGAGAGCGAGAAGGCCAAGGAACAGCGGGAGAAAUAUUCCAAAAUGGCCAAGGUAGCCGUUCAUGGUUCCAUCGAUACUAUUCGCAAAUUGGUGAAGGAUGGCGAGCUUUAA